AUGGAACAACCACAAGAACAAGUUAACAAGAAAAUAAAAUUAGACAAUGAAAAGAUAAAUAACAAUACAGAUAACAAUACAGAUAACAAUACAGAUAAUAAUACAGAUAAUAAAGAAAAUAAUAAUAAUAAUUCCGUAGAAAAAAAGAAAAGAAAUAAAGGUAGAUUUGUUUUUAAGCAAUAUAACAUACACCAUGAAUUAUGUGCACAAAAAGUUGGUACAGAUGCAUUAUUAGUUGCAGGUUAUACAUCAAUUGCAAAAUUUAAACCAUACAAUUUAAAAGAAGAAAAUAAAAAUUCAAUUAAUAAUCAAUUAGAUGAAUUGGUAUUUGGAAGCGAAGAAAAACCAUAUGAUUAUGAACUUGGUAAACAAUAUGAUAAAAUUAUAAAUUAUGAUGAAGAAUAUGAAAAUAAUAAUAAUGAUGCAGAUUAUUGGCCAAAAUAUAUUUUAGAUAUUGGUACAGGUAGUAAUAUUUUAAGUAUUAUGUUGGGUCAAAGAUUUAAAAAAUCAAUUAUAAAUUCAAUCGAUAUUGAUGAAUCAGCAAUAAAGCAAGCAUCAAUUAAUAUUGAUACAAUUUAUGAACAAGGUAAAUCAAUUACAGAUCGUAUUUAUUUAUUCCAUACACCAAUACAACAAUUUAAUCCACUAGAUUUGGUAGAUAAUGAAAAUAAAGAAGAAGAGGGCAUAGAAAAGAAACAUAAACAUCAAAUUAGAUUAAAUAAAGAUAAAGAAACCAUUAAAAAUAUACCAGAACAAAGAUUUACACCAUCCUCAGACGGACUAUACGAUUUAAUUAUCAGCGCACCACCUUAUUUCCCAACCGAUCCAGCUAAUGACAAGAAUGUAUCAUCAAUGCAAACCAACAGAAGAAUCGCAAGACACACCCACACCUUAACAAUGGAGGAUUUAGUUUUAUCAGUUAAAGGUUUACUCAGACCGGAUAUUGGGGUUUUUACAACCAUUGUAUCCGUACCAGAUCCAUCCGACGAUUUAGAAUUGGCUGCUAACAAACACGGUUUAUCUUGUUUAGAAAUCAUUGAUGUUACAGAUGCACCAAACACUAAAAUCAUAAGAAAAAUGUACACUUUUAAAUUAUUUUCAAAUCAAGAUGAUGCUCAAAAAAUUGAAACCAUUAAAAGAAAUUUCUCAAUUUACGAAACUGGUAUCAAAGACUCAACAUUAAGAAACCAUAGAAAACAUAGUACACCAUAUAAAUGGAUGUUAAAUGAUUUCUGUGAUCAUUUUUUAAAAGAAUCUGAUCAAAAUAAAUAA